AUAGAAAGAUUCAUUUUUUUCACAUAUUAUAUUCUUACACAUAUCUACUGCUUUUAUAAAAUCGAGGAAUCCAAUCAACCAUCAAAGUUUUCCCAAACACUCAAACGCGAGAAAGAAUCCCCCUAAACCCUGGAAUCGUCAGAUUUGGUUGUUAUUCUGGUUUCCGAUUCAAAGGGUUUUGGGGGGGUUUUCUGUGGGGAAUUUUCAAAUCAUGAAAGGACAAAGAAUGGAGGUACUGGAGUUCAAGAGAGGUGGGUUCUCAUCGAACUCUCAAUUGGGGUUUCAAUGGAGUCUCCAAGAUGGCAACUUUCGUCCCGGUGGGCUUUUUGCCUCUGUGGGUCAAAUGGGUGGAAGCAUGGAUUUCAGCCCUUCGUCCCCGAAUCGAUCUGAUUCUCGGGAUGAAAACCCCGGCUUCAAGAUCCCCUAUGUAGAUUUGUAUAUGAAGUACAUCUCUUCACUCGAGGGGCUUAAGGUUCCUGAGGAGGAAAAAGGGGCUGCCAAGAAGAAGUCCGGGCUCAAGCUUAAAAUUAAGGUUAGGAACCCUUCGCUGAGGAGGUUGAUUAGCGGAGCGAUUGCUGGGGCAGUGUCAAGGACUGUCGUGGCGCCUUUGGAGACCAUUAGGACUCAUUUGAUGGUUGGGAGUAACGGGCAUUCAACAACGGAGGUGUUCAAUUCUAUCAUGACACAUGAAGGGUGGACUGGAUUGUUUAGGGGCAAUUUGGUCAAUGUGAUUCGUGUUGCGCCUAGCAAGGCCAUUGAGCUUUUUGCUUAUGACACGGUUAAAAAGAACCUGUCUCCCAAACCUGGCGAGCAGCCUAAACUUCCCGUUCCUGCUUCUUUAAUUGCCGGAGCUUGUGCAGGCGUCAGCUCAACAUUGGUCACAUAUCCUCUUGAAUUGGUCAAGACUCGGCUCACAGUUCAGAGAGGAGUUUAUGAUGGUCUACUAGAUGCAUUCGUUAAGAUAUUGAAAGAGGGGGGACCGAGAGAGCUCUACCGGGGUCUCACUCCAAGUUUAAUUGGAGUGGUUCCAUAUGCGGCAACCAACUACUGCGCAUAUGACACACUGCGAAAAGCCUACAGAAAGAUUUUCAAACAAGAGAAAAUCGGUAACAUGGAGACCCUUUUGAUUGGUUCCCUGGCAGCUGCCAUAUCGAGCACUGCCACUUUCCCCCUAGAAGUGGCGCGCAAGCAGAUGCAGGUUGGGGCUGUGAGUGGGAGGCAAGUGUACAAGAAUCUGAUUCAUGCUCUUGCCACCAUUCUUGAACAAGAAGGCGUCCCGGGCUUGUAUCGAGGGCUGGGGCCCAGCUGCAUGAAGCUGGUGCCUGCUGCUGGCAUUUCCUUCAUGUGUUAUGAAGCCUGCAAGAGGAUUUUGGUAGAGAAAGAUGAUGAGGAGUAGAAACAAAAAGAAAAGGUCUUUUUUUUUUUUUUGCAGACAAACAGAGAUUUAAAGGUGCAAUGAAGUGUAUUCAUGUUAUGAGAUUGAUUUACCAGCAAAGUUUUGUUGAGGAUUCAUUUUUAUUCUUAUUUUUUUUUGGGUGUGUUUCCAAGUCAAGGAAAGAGAUCUGAUUGGGAAUCUGUUUUUUAAGAGAUGUUGAAGACAAUAUAAAGGGAACUGGCUU